CUUUCUCAUUCUCCUUCUUGGGGUGUCUUCAAUUUUGGUUUCUCCCACUAUUUUCCUCUCCUAUAUAUAAACACAAAAAUAUAUACAAUUUUCUAUAUACAUUAUAUAAAUAUCAAUUCUUGAAAACACUCUAUUUUUCUCUUUGAAGAACUUUGUAUUUAUUCAGAAAUUAAAGUUCUGUUUAAAGGAAGGGAAAUUUCAUCUGGGAUAUAUUUAUUUUAGUUCUAGUAAAGCUGGUCGGUAGGCGCCAUUCUAGUUGUGUGAUUCCUCCUUGGUCUCCGUUUUCAAGAAGAUGGGCUGUUUUAGCUCUAAGGUGGCAAGACAACAUCAGUUUCCUGGUUAUGAAGAUCCCGUAUUCCUGGCAUCACAAACAGCAUUUACUGUAAGUGAAGUUCAGGCAUUAUUUGAGAUGUUCAAGACCAUUAGCAGUACAGUAGUUGAUGAUGGGCUGAUAAGCAAGGAAGAGUUCCAGUUAGCUUUAUUCGAGAAUAGAAAGAAAGAAGACCUCCUUGCGAAUCGGAUUUUUGAUCUCUUUGAUUUGAAGCAAAGAGGAGUCAUUGAUUUUGAGGAUUUCGUUAAGGCAAUGAAUGUUUUCCACCCAAACGCCUCCCAGGAAGAUAAGCUCACUUUUUCCUUUAAGCUGUAUGAUCUGGAUGGCUCAGGGUAUAUUGAACGGCAAGAGGUUAAACAAAUGUUGAUUGCACUUUUACGCGAAUCCGAUAUGAAGUUGGCUGAUGAAACCAUUGAGAUAAUACUUGAUAAGACGUUUUCAGAGGCGGACGCGAAUCAGGAUGGAAAGAUUGACAAAUCAGAAUGGCAAAGUUUUGUGGGUCGAAAUCCUUCAUUACUAAAGAUUAUGACACUUCCAUAUCUAAGGGAUGUGACUACUACUUUUCCAAGUUUUGUAUUUCAUUCAGAAGUUGAUGAAGUAGCUACAUGAGUAGUAGGAAAAAAAGUGUGUAGUUUCAGAUUUUAAUUAGUUAUUUUUCUCCUCCAAAUAUUUCUUUAAUUUAUUUCCCCCCUUAAUAUAUUUUUAAAAAUGUAUGUAAUUUUAUUGGGAAAAAAAAUGUAAACACAACAUAUAUAUUAUAUAUAUCAAAAUUGGGUGAGGAGGUUUUGUUAGCCCUCCCUUUUUUUAAA